UAACCGUUUUUAAAGUUUUCAAUAAAGGCAUACUGUUGGAUUAUACGUGGAAAAACUCGAUAAAACCAACGACAUGUAGCCUUACACAAUAUGAUCAACUGAAAAAUAUUCCUGUUUGUUCUUUUCUUUAAGUUUAUUUUAGAUUUGAUGAUAACAAGGUUUUACUCUUGAACAAUUUCAAGCUACAGUAUACACAUUGAACAAUAAUGACCUACAUCAAUAAGGAUGUGACACAUAUAUGUAAAAUAUAUAAUGGUUUCAUUCAAUAAAUCUCUACUUAACUAAACACAUUAACGAUGUUUAUUUAACCUCACUAUAUCGAGUCUUUGUUUUACACGGUAUGUUUUAAUGAGUAAACGUUUCACUGAAUAUCUCACGAAAAAAUUGUUAAUUAUUUGACCUGGAAAAUUUUAUCUUAAAAAAAAACACAUAGUGAGGUUAAUAGUUCAGUUAAAAUUCCUUUGUUCAAUAACGAUAGUUGAACAGUUUAAAAUGGCAUAUCUUUUAGUUUUAAUGAUCAUGUUGAUCUGUGAUAGCACCGGUCAACCUCUCUACAACAACCUUGGGUAUGAGGAAUCGGUUGAUAAUACGCUGACCUGUUAUGCGGAAUUUUACAGCAGGGAAUUACAACUUGAAAAACAAAUUAAGAAGCUUACAAAAGAGAUUGACUAUUUAAAAGAUUGGACUUCUUUCGUGAAUUCCGAGUAUUGGUUAGGACGCGAAGUGGGAACCUGGAAUGACGCUCAGGCGAGUUGUAAGGCGGUUGAUUCUAAAUUAGUUGAAAUAGAAUCUGAGGCGGAAGACGUUUUCGUUCGUGCUCUUGCCAUGAAACUGACCGGAAGUGUUUGGUUAGGUGGUACAGACUUCGGGGUAGAAGGGCGAUGGGUCUGGGAGUCUGACAGAUCAGCAUUUUCAUACAGCGCAUGGAACACAGCAAAAGGACAACCCAAUGAUUAUUUUAAACAAAACUGCCUCACACUUUCUCUUAAUAACAACCUAACUUGGUUUGACCAGAACUGUGAUAUGACAUACCAAUAUAUUUGCGAACGAAAUUUUUUUCCAAAUUGAUAAAAAAAAGUUUCAUGUCAUCUGAUUGUUAAAAUGCUUAUUGUAUUUAUCUAAUUGAUGGUUUUGUAAAUGUCAUUGUCACGAAACACGUUCUGUAAAUCAAUUAAACAGUCACAUAAGUAGAGGAUAAUGAACUGUAUAAUUUUGUUAUUUUUUAGCACUUUUAACUUUUAUCAACUUGAAUAAACUUGAAUAUAUGAUAUCCUUAUUUGACCCCCCCCCCCCCAACAAAAAGUGACUUUAUUGAUGUAUAUCAUGUGUAUUGACAAUAAGGUUUUAAUGAACGAAUGUUUCAUAACACUUAUAACUAAUAUCAAUGGUCAAUUGAUUAGAACCUCUGAAUAGCUGUUGUGAUUGUCAAUUUAUAUUUAGAACUAGUUUCCUUCCGAUAGUACUCCAAUACUAUUCUGAUAAAAACAGAUUUCUGUCCCAAAUUAUAUCCUUUCUCUGAUCACGCGUUUGCGGUGUCCUAAAUUUCUACUAUGAUAAGUUGUACCAUUUUGUAUAUUCGUCUACAAAAUAAUAUCUCUUUAACGAUAACCCCAGCUUUUUUCUCUUUUUUUUAAAUUAAUAAAUGGAAAAAAAAGUGUUUGCUUCACCUAAAGCACAACCAAAAUUUACCGACUGCCAUUGACCGCUGAUCGAGGGAAGCAAAUUUAAAUCAUAUAAACUUGAGUUUAAUUAUUAAGACUGAAGUAAGGGGGAAAGGGGGUUAAGCUCAUAAAAAAUUCAAAUUUCGCUUGGCUUGGUUGAUUUAUUGUUUUUGCCGAGAAAAGUCAAACAAAAUCAAGAGUGUCUUUCAAACUGAACAUUAAAAUUAAUAAUUAAUUUGAAAAAAAGAGAUCAUAGCUGAUUCUUAAAUGAAUAGAAGCAACGCAUUUUUCUAUACAAAUAAAAUCUAUUUUAUCUCGGGAAUCCGCUACUCAUGUCUAUUAGUACAUACAUGAAUGAUUUAGUUGUAACACUACAAAGAUGACAUUUUUUUUUUCUAAAAUGAACUUCAAUCAAUUGACUGUUAGAUAUCAAUAUGACAUAUGAUUUGUUUUGAUAAUAAUAACAAAGAAGAACAAAAAUGGCUUUUCAUUCUCUUUUAAAUAUACAUGUACUCUUAAAAAUGAA